UGCAUUUGUCACACAGCAGCUGCAACCUGGUUAUUUCAGCACAGCGACGGCAGAGUCCUCAAACACGCACGCACACACUCCCACACACACACACACACACGGGCAGAAAAGGGGAAGGCUCAAAAACGGAGACCAAAUGAGCAGUCACACAGUGCCGACUGGCUGCCUAGUUUGACAGGACUAGCACUCUCUCUCUCUCCCUCUCUCUCUCUUUCUCCCUCUCUCCCUCUCUCUCUCUGUGUCUCUCUCUCUCUCCUUUGGACUAAGAGGUAGCGAGUGCUGGAAGACCCAGUGAAGGCAGACAGCAGCAACAGCAGCAGAAGCGUCUCUUCCCUCUCAAGCCCCAGAAGGAGCCAAUGGUCAUGGUGAAGGAGAAAGUGGCACAUCCUCAGGAAGCCCACCGGCCCCCCGAGAAACUGGUAAUCCAAUGUUUCAAAUGUGGAGAGCCAUGCAAGGGGGAGGUGCUACGAGUGCAGAGCAAGCAUUUCCACAUCAAGUGCUUUACCUGCAAAGUAUGCGGUUGUGACCUGGCCCAAGGCGGUUUCUUCAUGAAGAAUGGCGAGUAUCUGUGCACGCUGGACUACCAAAGGCUACAUGGAACACGCUGCCAUGGCUGUGGAAACUUUGUUGAAGGAGAGGUGGUGACGGCCCUCGGGAAGACCUACCACCCCACCUGCUUUGUCUGCACCAUCUGCAAACGGCCAUUUCCUGCUGGAGAUCGCGUCACCUUCAAUGGAAAGGACUGUCUCUGCCAGCGCUGCAUCCAGCCAAUGUCUCCUCCUCCAAAAGCCAUCAGUGCUUCCAGCAACUGUGCAGGCUGUGGCAGGGACAUUAAAAAUGGACAGGCUCUGCUAGCUUUGGACAGACAAUGGCAUCUCGGCUGCUUCAAGUGCAAGGCCUGCGGCAAAGUGCUGAGUGGCGAGUACAUCAGCAAAGACGGUGCACCAUACUGCGAGAGAGACUAUCAGAUCCACUUUGGUGUGCAGUGUGAAGCCUGUCAUCAGUACAUCACAGGGAGGGUUCUGGAAGCAGGCGAUAAACACUACCACCCCAGCUGUGCAAGAUGCAGCCGGUGCAACCAGAUGUUCACAGAGGGGGAGGAAAUGUACCUGCAAGGCUCUACAGUGUGGCAUCCAGACUGUAAGAGCAACAUCAAAGUAGAAGAGAAGUACAGAGGAGUACUACAGCGACCUGGCAGAAAGCCACAUCCUUUUGAUAUCUUUUUGCCCCUGUCUAAGUGUGAGUCUCAGUGUAAGACGAAGGGCCGGGGUGGCUCUGCUCGAGGCGUGCGUCUCCUGCGCAGGACGGAGCUCCUCCCUCCCUCAGUAACUUCGCUGCACCAAUCAGAAAGGCAGCCCACAAGGUCUUCGUCGGAGAGUAUCUGUUCUCGGCCGGGUUCCAGUAUCCCUGGCUCUCCUGGUCACACCAUCUAUGCAAAAGUAGACAAUGAGAUCAUUGAUUACAAGGACCUAGCAGCCAUCCCCCGAGUCAAGGCCAUUUAUGACAUAGAGCGUCCAGACAUGAUAUCCUACGAGUCUCUGCAAUCCACCUCCUCUACCCUGGAGAGACAGGGCAGACACAGCCCUGGAGAGUGCCAGAGUACUACAGGUGACCAAUCCCCCAUCAGAGGCCAUAUCAAAACUAUGCCACAAGACCCUUCCCCCAUGUCAGCUGAGACUUCACCAAGAACACUGUCACCCACCCCAUCUGCUGAGGGUUGUUAUGACAUUCGAGAACGCAUAAUGCAACGAUCCACCAGCCAGGGCUCCAUCGGCUCCCCGAUGUACAGCCGACACAACUACACACCUACGCUGUCUAAGACACCGCAGCACUUCCACAGACCCGGAAUGCUGAAGCUUUGCUCCUCUUUGCGCUCUAGCAACAGUGACAACCGUCCUACUUCCCCUUUCCGACAUCACUUCCUUCCCCAUAACAAAGAUUCUUUCUGCAUAGGCACUGAGCCAUCUAGUGGUCGGAGUUCUCCUUUGUCCUCUCGCUCGGCCACCCCGACCCUCUGUCUGACCCCUAAACAUUUCCACGUCCCAGAUCAAGGCAUGAACAUGUACAGAAAGCCUCCGAUCUACAAACAACAUGAUUCAGCUGCCCUCGCAGCCCAAAGCAAGUUUGCUGGUGACAUCAUCAAAUCUUCCAAGUUUCCUGCUGCGCAAGCACCCCGGGUGGAUGAAAAAGCAAAGAUUGAGACUGACUACUGGCCCUGUCCUCCCUCCCAUGCAGCCCUAGGUUCAGACAUGAGGAGUCGCUCGCGAGAUGAGGAGGAGGAGGAACAAUUAAAACGACGACAGCUUCAUGAAAAUCAUCUUAGCAAGAUCCAGUCAGGUCUUGGGAAGCUCAUUUUUAAGGAGGAGAUGGAGAAGGAAAUGAACAGAGAGAGAUAUGCUCGCAGUGUGGCAGCACAGCGGUAUGAUCCUCAGUACUCCAACUUCACUGCAGAUCCCAACUCUCCCACGUGUAAAACCUCUUCACUGCCAGGAUAUGGACGCAAUGGCCUUCUCAGGUCAACAGAAUUCUCCCAGUAUAACAGUUACGGCGAUGUGUGUGGAGGACAGAGAGAUUUCAAGGUAUGUGAAUGACACAGACUAUAACCUGAUCAGCUGCACUGAGCAUGUGCAUCAGCCAUCAUGUACAUGAGAAUGUGGAAUCAUGCUCCAUGCGACACCCUGCUACGCUAUGCCUGUAACAAACAGCUCAGGCAAGGGGGAGAGCAUGGACAAGGGGUUUCAUCAUUACAUAUGCACAUCCUGAGAAGUUUGUACAUACCCAUAGUUAGACUAAAGCUGUAACCGUGGAUAGUGUAGCUAAGGUCAUAGUCCCUCUUCAUAGUAUCAGAUAAAGUUUAGUUUUCUGGUCUUUCAUCAUGAUUUAUGAUUUAUUUUUUCCUUCCAAGCCUCUUUUUGUUUCUUUUUUCUUUUACAUUGCAUGUAUGUGUUCUGUUCUGUAGCUCAUCCAAGAUGGCCAGGUUCCCCUAACCAGAAUGGACAGGGGAAUGUCAAUGCCUAACAUGUUGGAACAUAAAGCAAGUAUUCCAUAUGUUUUUGUUCAGUUUGGUUUGAUUUCAUUUUGUGAGAAUUACAUUUCUCCACUCAUUUUGUCAGUGUUCGUUCAUGUCCUGUUAACAUCCACCCCUUAUAACACUGAUUAUUUAUUAAAAUAAAAUACAGUAGUUUAUAUUGGCAAAUACUUAGCGUUUAUAGACAGCGGGAAGAAGGGAGAAGACUAGGGCCUUCCAGUGCUGUGAAAAGAUGUAAUGAUAUGCUUUGCUAUGUUUGAGCUGUACGCAUUUUUCCAGAUCAUUGAUCCCCACCUUUCCUAAAUCUGGCAGAAGAGGCUUAAGAGCUGCAUGUUCUUGGUUUCUUUAAAGGUGCUGCUAUAGUCCCCACAAUCUUACCAUUCAUGGUUCCAUAUUUUUUGUGUUAAAGGAAUAAUAUCCUUAGUAGAAAAGUUAUGUUUUCCAUCUAUUGUUAAUAUUGUAAUAUUGAUUCACCUCCUUUUUAUUUAGACAUGAUUAAAAUAACAUGUCUACACAUCAUUUUAUCUUAUUUUGACCGUUUUCACUUUAUGUCCUUUUUUCACUUUGUGAUUUUACUUUGGAAACGAUGUGAUACACUGAUUUAUUUAUUUAUUUAUUUAUUUAUUUUUGCAUUCACACAUACCUUCCGAAAAUUUAUAUGCAACAGACUGCUUUUUCCCUUUUCUUUCCCUUGUGACCAACCAAGUCAUGUCCAGACUCUAGCGCAUUACCCUAUCCCUGUGCAGUUUAGCAUUCCGUCUGUUUGCAUCUCUGUGUGUAAAUGAAUGGUUGUGUUCUUAGCAUGUGCAUUUGUCUAGCUUUGCUUUUCAGCAGUUCAUUGUGUUUGGCAAAUGUCUUGCAUUGCAUUCUCCAUAACAAGACAAUCCCUCCUUUUGUAAAGGUGUAUCCCUAUGAAAUGCUCACUGUCACCAACAGAGGGCGUACUAAGCUCCCAAAGGACGUGGACAGGACGAGACUGGAGCGUCACCUGGCUCCUGAAGUAUUCUUUGAUGUCUUUGGAAUGGAG